ACCACCCUUUCGCAGUAUAAAUAGACCCCCUAGGCUCCCUGCAGCAUCCAUCAAACCAAGUUCAGCGCAGUGUUUCCAAAGCAUAGUACUGCAUAGCCAGAAGCCACAAUGGCGGGGAGCUUGCUAGCCAACUAUGUCCAAGUCAACGUCAUGCUCCCUCUGGAUGUUGUGAGCGUAGACAACAAGUUCGAGAAGGGCGACAAGCUAAGGGCGCAGCUGAAGAAGCUGACGGAAGCCGGCGUCGAUGGCGUCAUGAUAGACGUCUGGUGGGGCCUGGUGGAGGGCAAGGGCCCCAAGGCCUACGACUGGAGCGCUUACAAGCAGGUGUUCGAGCUGGUGCAGGAGGCCGGGCUGAAGCUGCAGGCCAUCAUGUCGUUCCACCAGUGCGGUGGCAACGUCGGCGACGUCGUCAACAUCCCGAUCCCACAGUGGGUGCGGGACAUCGGCGCGACCGAUCCCGACAUUUUCUGCACCAACCGGAGCGGGAAGAGGAACAUCGAGUACCUCACUCUUGGAGUGGACGACCAGCCUCUCUUCCACGGAAGAACUGCAAUUCAGAUGUAUACUGAUUACAUGGCGAGCUUCAGGGAGAACAUGAAAGAGUUCUUGAAUGCUGGUGUCAUUGUGGACAUUGAGGUGGGGCUCGGCCCGGCUGGAGAGAUGAGGUACCCCUCCUAUCCCCAGAGCCAGGGAUGGGUGUUUCCAGGCAUCGGAGAAUUCAUCUGCUACGAUAAGUACCUGGUAGCAGACUUCAAAGCAGCAGCAGCGAAGGCUGGUCAUCCUGAGUGGGAAUUGCCUGAUGAUGCUGGGGAGUACAAUGACACUCCCGAGAAGACCCAAUUCUUCAAGGACAACGGAACAUACGUCACCGAGAAGGGGGAUUUUUUCCUCUCAUGGUACUCCAACAAACUGAUCAAGCACGGUGACAAGAUCCUGGAUGAAGCAAACAAGGUCUUCGUGGGAUAUACAGUGCAGCUGGCAAUCAAAAUAUCUGGCAUUCACUGGUGGUACAGGGUUCCAAACCAUGCAGCCGAGCUCACUGCCGGGUACUACAACUUAGAUGACAGAGACGGCUACAGAACCAUAGCACGCAUGCUCAAGAGGCAUCAUGCUAGCCUCAACUUCACUUGUGCAGAGAUGAGGGACUCCGAGCAGAGCUCAGAGGCGAAGAGUGCACCAGAAGAACUAGUCCAACAGGUGCUGAGUGCUGGAUGGAGAGAGGGCUUAGAUGUGGCCUGCGAAAACGCGCUUGGUCGAUAUGAUGCAACGGGGUACAACACUAUACUCAGAAAUGCGAGACCAAAAGGUGUCAACAAGAGUGGCCCUCCGGAGCACAAGCUGCAUGGAUUCACCUACCUCCGGUUAUCAGAUGAGCUGCUACAGGGACAGAACUAUGUCACUUUCCAAACUUUUGUCAAGAGAAUGCAUGCUAACCAGGAUCAUGACCCAAGUGUUGAUCCAAUUGCACCUCUGGAAAGAUCAACGCCAGAAAUGCCAAUUCAAAAGAUCUUACAAGCAGCGCAACCAAAGUUGGACCCGUUCCCCUUUGAUGAGAACACCGACCUGCCAGUUUACAUAAAUUUAACUGCUACCCAGGCUUCUGCUGCUACUGCUAGAACUGGAUUUGAUCCACUGGGUCUCCUGGGAAGAAAAAUUAUCCAAAACGAACAAACCGACAAAACACGAAAAUGUCACUGGCCAACUGAAGCCCAAGCACCGACGAGGAGCUCACCACACAUGCCAGGAGCCGCAGCCGCCCAUUGGCCACAGCGCAAUCCAAAUGGGGAGGCCAGGCGAUGCACCAUGCCACAUGGCGCCCCCGCACUGGCCCCCAACUUAUCCAGUCAGAUAAGGUUGGCGACGGCGAAGGCUCCCUCGUAUAUUUCCGGCACGCUGGCCGCCACUGGUGGAGCGAGAGAUCGAUCGUUACCUCCUCCUCGAUCCCCAAGAGAAAACGCAAAGCUCGAGAUGGCACAGGCCAUGGCGUCCAUGACCGGCUUGACCUCGGCGCAGGGCGUGCGCCUUCCAGGCCCGGCCGGCCGGCGCGGCGCCAGCAAGCUCACCGUGAGGGCGUCGGCGGAGGCCGAGACCGCCGGCCGCCGCGCGGUCCUUGGCCUCAUGGCCAGCGGGGUCGCCGGCGGCGCGUUCGCACAGGCGGUGCUCGCGGCCGUCAACCCCAUCAAGGUUGGCCCGCCGCCGCUUCCCUCCGGUGGACUCCCCGGGACGGAGAACUCGGACGAGGCGAGGGACUUCGCGCUCCCCCUGAAGAACCGCUUCUACCUGCAGCCGCUGCCUCCGGCGGCGGCGGCGGCCCGGGCCAAGGAGUCGGCCCAGGACAUCCUCAACCUCAAGCCGCUCAUCGACAAGAAGCAAUGGCCGUACGUCAUGAACGACCUCCGCCUCAGGGCCUCCUACCUGCGCUACGACCUCAAGACCGUCAUCUCCUCCAAGGCCACCAAGGAGGAGAAGAAGGACCUCAAGGACCUCACCGGGAAGCUCUUCGACACCCUCGACGGGCUUGACCAUGCAGCCAAGAUCAAGAGCCCCGCCGAAGCCGAGAAGUACUACGGCGAGACCAAGACCGUUCUUAGCGAUGUCCUCGCCAAGCUAGGAUAGAUGCAUGGAUCCGCAUAAUGGCCGUGUGCUUUCAGUUUCAGGCCUUUUGUGUUUGUUCAUAUGGAACCGGCGAUGUAACUUCUUUGUUGAUAAUAUGUCAGCAAGCACUUAAGUAUGAUUAUGUCUUGAGUUUUUUACAAAGUAAAA